GUCUCUCAUCUACUGUACUUACAAGCCAGGAUGGCGUCCCUUCUGCAACUGCCGAACGAAGUCAUCGAGCAUAUCAUCUGCCAGGUCGCAUAUAUUCACCCAACAUCUGUUGCCGCCGUCUCAGCAUCUAAUCAUCGACUUCAUGAACUGGUCCAUUCAAACUGGAGGGCCAUCUAUCUUUCUCUUUUCGAUGACCCCCGCACAAAGAGCGUGACACUAUCAGAGACCCCGCUACAACCGCGCAAGGCCACUUCGCGCUCCAACUGGACGAGCUUUACUCAGCGAAUUGCUGCCGCAAACGCCCUCAGCGCUGACAAUUCAGACUGUGACUUUCAAAGUCUCAUCGAGACCCUAAAAGACACACCGGCUGUUUCGUAUGAGCAAGAACUAGAAGCUGCUCAUUGCGAACGCGCCGUUGUAUUCCCUCCGCUGCUUCGCCGAAGGAAUGUGGCUGACUCCAAGAAUAUAACAUGGCUCCAACAAAUCAUUUCUCCGAAUGGGUAUCCUUCACAACUUAUUGGUCGAUAUCUUCGGCCACUAGAUCCUGACGGUGAACCUGCAAGCCGACCAGAGUUUGAAGAUGGGGUUCAGGGUCAAGCUUUCAAUAAGCUCGUCUUCCUUCGGGGCUUCAUGCCUGAUACGAGCGAUGACGCUCCUGACCUCGAAGAGCAGCAUAUUCUUUCCCGAGCACUGGCUAGAACGCGCGUGUACAACACCAAGUAUCUGAUGGGUGAAAGAAUGUGGGGCCCAUUCCAACCUCUGGACCCACGCAAACAUGAAGCAUAUUCAUGGCGAACCCGACUCCAUCGCACAACCAAAGAAGAAGACGAGGCUGGAAAUCUCCUUCUGCGUUCAGCCUCCACUUCCCGCUUUCUCGAUCCAUCUUCCAUAAUUCUAGCCCACGCUAUGAACAUGGAUAUGGAUUCGGACUCUGACGAUCCUGACUAUCGUCCAGAAAAUGAUGCUGAUCAAGAUGAUGGUGAUUCAGAUGACUCAAACGACGAAGACGAUCCCAACACGCAGGGAUUGCUGUUGCAAUUUCUGGCUCAGCAUGGCAUCAAUCUUGCCGCCGAUGAAGAAAGUCAUCCAACUUAUGUUUUCCCCGCCCCCCACCGUGUUAUUCCCGAUUAUGCCUUCCUUGCAGCAGCCCGGAUUGUUCUUGAAGCCAGGCUGCGUGAUAUUUUCAACAUCAACCAGCGAAAUCUAUUCCUUGCAGAGCAGUUCGACACGAUGCGUCUUGCUGCACGAGAUGUGAACUGCGAGUUGGAAGACAUUGUCGAGGCAAUGCAGUCUCUCAACAUGGUCCGUAUGGGCGGCGCUCCUGGCUUCUGGCAGGCGUGGCGACCAAAGGUCGAAGAGGACGUCUCAAUCAAAGACACUGGAAAAGAGAAAGAGACGGAAUACAAGGGUUGGGACUGGGCAGGUGUUGCUGGCGAAUGGAGGCGAGUUGUGUGCUGGCUAGACUAUCGAGACCUGCUAGUGCACAACGUGAAUAUCCCGGCACUGACCUUCAAACGGAAUGAAGUUUCGGAAACAACUCGCAUCUUCCCGAUGACCCUCCGCAUCGCCCGAUAUGAGAGGCCGCCGCGGCCUCCUCAUGGGGCGAAUCCUGACGACCUCAUUUGGCGGUUGCCCAUAAUUCAUGUCGAAGGAGAGUCACGCGGAACCGACACCAACGUCGAUUUGAGGCGUGUCAUUGAGGGAACUGUCCGUAUGAUUGGGGACGGCGCUGUUCGAUGGAGCAUGACAUCUGGGGAGCCCUCGGCCGAUCGCCCCGAGUGGGUCACGGAAAGCGUCCAAGUCGGCGAGUUGGGGUCUGCGAUGGGAAUAAUUGGGCUCUGGACCGGCGCAGAGCACUCUCAAACAGAGCCAAUUGGGCCUUGUUGGGCGUGGAAAAUCAGCUCAUAA